GAGAAAAUAUCCAUGGAACACCAACCUUUUCUAUAUGCCAGAUGCGUUUGCUGAGCAAACUGGCCCUGGUGUCGUUUGGCGGCUUUUGCCAUGGAGUAGAUGUGGGCGCUAACCAACCACUGGUUCGCAGAGAGGCUGGAAAAUCCGAGACCACUGAGACUGAGACGCCCAGACUGAGUGCUUCAUACAAACCGGCGGCUUCAGUCGUGGAAUCCAAUGCAAAGGUGAUAGAGAGCAAACAACAAGGAACUGGUCAGAUUCUUGAGAGUGCAGAUGGGAACCAUGGAAAUAGCGCUGGCAAAGAGGACACUUCAGGAAUCUAUGGAGAAGCUAUGGAUGAUGGUUUAUCUCGGUUUCUGGUCUCAAGUCAAGCAUUGAGCGAGCAGAAUCUGGAAUCCCUACAGAUCGCCAACUGGGACAAUGAAACGCGAAGUAUCGAGCUGGGAACAAAGCCUCCCAUCGCUUCGCCUGAAACAGCUGAAGGCAAACUGCAGGCCAGGGUCAACAAAUUGGAGGAGCAGUUGACAAAUGCCCUGGAAGUUGCCAGAGUUGCUGAAGCAGCUGCCAGCAAUGCAACUGCCAUGGUGGCGAAGCAGGGUGCGCAGCUUCGAGCUGCAGACGAAAGAAUCCAGGACCUGGAACAAAAAGAAUCAGCAGAUGAGAAGGAUUUGGGACGAAUGGCAGGAGCUCUUGCUGACGCCAAGAACAGGUCAAAUAUGACUGAAGCAGAACUCGCAGGCAUAGAACUGAAGGAGUUUGAGCUUGGAACACGCCAAGACAAUGUCAACAGAGUUGUCAAAGACAUUGAAGGCAAAGUAGUAGAAUUUGGAGGCGCUGCUGUCCAUGCAGAAAGGGCGGCUGAAGAAGCAGAGUCUGAUGCUGUGAAGGCAAGAAAUUCCUCUGACCUUCUGAAAGCCAGGCAGGCAAACAUGAAGUAUGAAGUGGACGAUCUACACGCUUCGCUGGAGGAGGUUUUCAAAGAGCAAAACAUUACUCGCAAGGCAGAGCAGCUGUUGCUCUUGAAGGCUUUGGGUCUUGGAAAGACCAUCACCCAAAUCGACGGGAGCAUGAAAUUGGUCAACGGCAGCCUUGGCAGUGUGAUUCGUCAAGCAUUGAAAUCAUUGAAGCUCGCAAAAGAAGCGAAAGAAGAAGCCGAUGAUGCACUUGAUGACGUUGAAACUGCCGGCUCUGCAGGUCCUGCCGGCUUUUCAGGAGGCUACUCUCGAGUGGUCACAGCUUCUGCAUCGAGUCCAACUCGUUCAGAGGCUGCACAGUCGACUCAAACUCAAGGCUCUUCAAGCUCCAGUAGCUCCAGCGGCUCCAGUCAGCCUGUUGUUGUUUCUUCGUCCUACGAUGUGGAGUAUGCUGCCGUUGCAGCGAAGCAGCAUGCGAAGGCAGCCUGGGAAGCAGUGAAGCAAAUGCAAGCCCAGAACGGGAAGUCUCGACCGGUUUAUGAGGUGGCCUCCAUGACGGGCGAUCUUAUUCAGAUCAUGAAAGGUCCACAAGGACCGCAAGGUGCUCCCGGAACCGCAGGUGCUGAUGGGGCGAGGGGGAAGCGUGGCCCUCCUGGAGUGGAAGCAGACCUCCUGGACAAUUUGACGGAUGAGAUGAAUUCCACAGAGAUGGAUUCCACAGAGAUGAAUUCCACGAAUGGAACAAGCACGUCAAGGUCAAUUGUGCACGUUCCACACAGUGCUCCAAAAGGGGCAAGCAUUCCCCUAUAUUUUGGGGCUUUGGCUGCAAAUCUUAUAGUGCUCUGGCUUCUCUACAAAUCUGUCGAUGUCAUUCUGGCCACAGGAGACCUGUCAGCCCGACCGUGGAAGAAGGCUGCGUGAACUUCAUGUCCGAAAUUGUGCAUACAACUUGAACAAAAAGUUGCCAAAGACAGAAAUAAA